AUUUCUCAUGGCGGUAAUGGAUUGUUUUUCCCGGGAAGCUUUUACAUAUGUGGAUCGUUGCCAGUGAAAUCUUAAAUUUGGAGACGUGUAAAACCAGUGAUUUACAAUCAUAAGGUAUGAAAAUGAUCAUGUAUCAGAAAUGAUUGAAGUUUUUGACGAUCAAAAGCGGAAAAUCGCUUUCCAUAAGUCAGGGAUCUCAGGCCUGCUGAAGUCCCUGUCAAGGUUUUAUUUUCUCUCGUUUUUUCCCCCCAGGGUAAAUCUAACGAGCUUACUAGGUAUUGAUAUUACCUUUUGUGGUCUAGUUUUUCCAACAAUGUUCUCGCACACACGCUUAAAGUUACUUCACAAUACUUUCAAAUCAUAACAAACAAUUCCUUGGGAUUUGAACGAAAUUAGCAUUUCAGAGACCUAAAAUUUCCCUGGAAGCGUAGUAAUACUGCUGAUUGCCUUAAAGUGUGGAGAUAGCGAUGAUAUUUAACUUUUUGGGCAGGCUGGCUCAUGCAAAGAAUAAACCCUUGCCUUGGUAUCUGUAAAAGGUUUUGAUCGAUACUUGAAAAAUAUCUCUUUACAGCGAGGCUGAGAGGAACAAAUAUCGCCUUUGUGUUCUUUAGUGAUUGUUCGAUUAUGAACUCUAGGUUUUAUUAUCCAGGUAUCCCAAGGGAUGCUCUUCCUAUUGUGGCCUCAACAGAUUUAUGCCAUCAAAUAAGGUGUAUUUAUUGUGGUCAUAAAUCUUAAAAAAGGGAAAACAGAAAACAGUUUCACUAUUGAGAUUCUUCACAUGUAUUUUUCUAUACCUAACUGUGAAUAUGGCAUAAAUGUUGGCAGGUUGUAGUCUACAUAUGUGGUAACAAUUAUUAGCUAAUGAGCAGCAUCACUUCAAAAUACAGCAGAGAAAUUUCAACAUUUUUUUCAGGGAAGAUCAGACAUGUGCACAGUUAUUUGAUGUUUUACUGAUUUUUUCUCAAAAUUGAACAUUAGAAAACCAUUCUUAGCUUGUUAAGUUGCUCUACAGACAUAAUCUGUCAUCUGUUUAGGUGAGAAAUGACAUUUUGACUCAUAAGUCAAAAUCUCUGUACAAUUAUUUUACACUAGUAAUUUGAGUAGCAAGAGUCAGUUUGGUCUUAGCACCUGGAGAUGAAGGUAUACAAUAAAAAUUAGCACAGGAGGUGAAUUUUUAAUUUUAUACCCAUAGAAGACUUUUCAAACUAGUAGAAACAACAAAUUAAGAUCAAUUUUAUCCUUGGCUAGCAAAAAUUCACAAGAACCUGUAAUAAAUUUCUGAUUUUUUAUGUCAGGUAAAAGGUGUAGAGAUUAAGUUGAAAGGGACUUGUCUUAACCCUUUAACUCCAGGUAUAUGAUUAUUAAUUCUCUCUUCUAGCUGCGGCACAUUUCCCUGUAUAGUAGCUACAAGAAUUUGGCAUAAGAUCAAAACAAAAACUUGGAAGUGAUGAGUUUAAGAAUUCUCCCUAUCUGUUUGUUUGUAUAUUAUAGGGAGAUGUUACAUGUCAAUUACUUCUAGGAGUUAAAGGGUGAAACAGGGCUAGUUUUGGAAGGCUUUGGAGACACCCCCAAUAAAGCUUUCUUUAAUUACCCCCUCCCCCCCCCAACUUGUCUACGAACCUAUUUGGAACUUAUUAUGCAAUGACGAGUCUGAUACCAACUCAUUCUUCAUGUUUAGGUGAAGCAUACCAGUUGCUAUGGGGUAUGAUACAACACGAUUUACAUGUUCAGUUGACGAGGAACUGCUUUGUGCAAUUUGUAAAUCAGUACUGGAAGAUCCUCUUCAAGCCCCAGCAUGUGAACAUGCUUUCUGUGCUGGUUGUAUACAUGAAUGGCUGAGACGUCAACAAAGUUGUCCAGUUGAUCGAUGCGGCCUCACACCACAUGAACUGAAGCAAGUGCCAAGAAUCUUGAAGAACCUUCUAUCAAAGUUAACAGUAAAAUGUGAAAAUGAAAGGCAUGGCUGUGAUGGGGUGGUCAGACUGGAUCAAUUACACUCUCAUUUAUCACAGUGUGAACAUAACCCAAAGAGGCCUGUUCAGUGCAAUCAGGGAUGUGGAUUAGUGGUUCCAUUUGACGAGCUUUCUCAGCAUAAUUGUGUCCGUGAAUUAAAUAACUUGAUCCAAAACCAGAAUUUCAAGCAAGAACAGCUGCAAGCUCAAAUCGAUGAACAACGCCAGCAGCUAAAUGAACAGAAACGUGAGAUUCAAGCUCUCAAGGAAAUGAUCCGAACCAUGAGAGUGAUCAAUUUGCCACAGGCAUUGCCACUAUUGCCAAGCAACCUGUCACAACCAGAUCACUAUGUCAAUGAAAUUCAUCAGUGGUUAAGGGGGUUACAAUCAGCCAGAGUAACAAGAUGGGGUGGUAUGAUAUCUACACCUGACGCUGUUCUACAGGCAGUCAUUCGGCGAGCACUUGCAGACAGUGGAUGCCCACCUACCAUUUUGAAUGAACUAAUGGAGAAUGCUCACGAGAGGAGGUGGCCCCCAGGGUUGAGCACACUUGAAACACGGCAGUUGAAUCGCCGUCGAUAUGAACAGUAUGUUUGUAGGAGAAUACCAGGAAAACAAGCAGUUGUGAUCAUGGCCUGUGAAAAUGAACAUAUGGGUGAAUCAAUGACUUUAGAUCCUGGUCUUGUAAUGAUCUUUGCACAUGGCAUUGAGUAAAUUUUAACACAUUGUACAUUCACUGGUAUGUGGCUACAAAGAGGGAAAUCAAAUCUUAAAUGGGCAACUUCUUGCCAUAAUGAAAUCAAAGCUCCAUAGCUGUAUUUAUGAACUGCAAGUCUCCAAGAUGUAGGUAGUAUUAUUAAUCAGAAGACAGGUAUGCCAUGUUCAUUCUUUUGAGAAGAGGAGUUGAGGAAUAAAGAGUUAAGUGAGCAGUAAGCUACAGUUGGGUGCAGACACAGUUUAUAGAUCAAGUGAAUUUUGAUCUAAAAGCAGCAAGGAAUGAGGUCAUCAAACAUUUCAGGAGAAAAGUGAACCUGUCCUAUCAUUAAAUAUUGACUUAAAUCAGAUAUUUAGUGUAACACAAACCAGUUUUGAGAGACUACAGACGAACCAUCACGUCCACAUUUCACUCAUUUUCAAAAGCUGGGGCUUCAAUAAAAGCCAGUUGCCAGCAUUCUAUUGCUGCUCAUAAAACCUCUGAUCACCAUCCACUCAGCCUACAAGCCAGCCCCUGUGAUUUGGUUUCACCUUUCAACCCCUUUUUCUAGGAACAGCUGCCUAUUACAUCAUCAGUGGUUGUUUAUGGUAAAAGUUAUUGAAACCCCCCUACAAAAGUUCUCUAGAGUUGCUGAAUUCUUGUAAAUUAUUUGACUCAUCUUCCAGGAGACAUCAUUUUCACAAUUUUUUUGCUGGUUAUGUUUUCCUUGUUCAGGUAACCUAUUAAGUAGAAAAUGUACUCACUUGGCAAAAAUUAAUUAUUUCCGUACCUGAUCAUCAAACAAUUUUUCUUGUUUUGUUUUUGAUGCAAAGAAAAAAACUACUAAAGUUACUGAAAGUUUCUUUUCCUAUAGGUUACAAAUUGUAAUCAGGGUAAAGUAAAGAAGAAUUAGUGUUUGGUUUAUUUACAAACAUGAAAGUCACAAGCAGACAUUCAGUAACUUUGGAGCACUUUUGGAAAUGAAUGAAAAGUGAUUUGGCUGGUGAAGUAUUAUUUAAUUCCUGCUUUUAAAACAGAACUUCUACCUCACUAGUAUGUCCAGUCAGACAAAAACUAAGUCAAACAGGGUUUAAACCCUUUAACCCCCAUGAUCUCAGUAGUAAUUCUCCUUACUAUCUGCCAUACAAUUCUUAUGAUGUUAGUUUGGAGGGUUUGUUAUUAGAUCAACCAAUAAUCCCUUUACUGAUAUUUUCUUUAUUCUCAUCACUUGACUGCUAGUUGUUGUAUUGAUAUUGUAAAGAGAAAUUAUGUCUAAGUCACUUCAGGGGAAUAUUUUAGUAUAUAUGCAGUGCUUGCAAUGGAAGUUAAGAAUUUGCUGCAAUGAAGGUCACAAACCUUUCAAUGUAAUAACAUUUUAAGUUAAAGUAGAACAAAUAUGUGAGGUGGUGAAUAAGGCCAAGGUACAGAGUGUAUUUGGGGACAUGACAGCAUUGUCUCUGCUUGUCACUCUAAUAUGUUCAAGUACGCAACAUGGAUCUGGUCUAUUUAUUAGGUGAAUAGUAAAAUUUAAUAUUUGUACAUAUGAGGAAAUAGUUUUAAUAAUGUGUUGCUUUCCUCAUCUUAUAUUGCAAUAAAGUAUGUAUAGCUUUUAGUCAAC